AUGCCGGAGCCUUCUCACAAGAAGAUCAAGCGAGCGCCUGCGACGCGCUCUGAGCGAACCGGCUCCCCUUCUUCGAAUGCUGGCCCGUUCACUUCCACCUCGGCCGAUGCGCUCGACAACCAGUUUGAGCUCGAGCAGCAGUUUGAGCACACCGAAACGGGUUCCGACGAUGGACUGGGCUACUUGGCAUCGGACGUCGAGUCGGACACCGGAGCCCAAACCCCCUUCUCCCAGCAGGGCGAAGACGAACAGGAGCGCCAAGCGCCAGCAUCUGUGACCCCAAGCACCAAGAAACGUCGACGCAAGGCAGCACAGACGCCCACAGACGACUCUGCGCAGAACGAACACAACCCAAGCCAGGCCUGGAUGAUCUCGUCCGCGGCCGCAGUCGAACGCCUGUUGCUGGCGCAGCGACGAGCUCAGCCGAAAGCCAGCGCACUUGAGCUCGAUGAACUCGCUCUGCAAGGUCAGUCGGAGUUCAACGAGAACAUCCCUCGGCCGCUUCCGCGACAAUAUGUCUUGGUACCGUCAUCGUGCACACGUCCCUAUCACUGGCGAGCCAUGCAGGCGAGGUUACCAUCUCGAUGGGAUCAAAACUGACCAACGACGAGUGCUUCUUGCCGCAGAAUCUUUCCUCCUCGACGCACCGACGGUUGCCAGAACAUCCUUGCUUGCCUUCAUUCGAGAGGCGAUCCCGACACUACCGGCAACUCUAGCCAAGCCCACCAAGAAGGAAGGCUCUCCUAGGAUACUGGUCAUCGCUGGAGCCGCUCUUCGCGUGGCAGAUUUGUGCCGGUGGGUCACCUCUGCAACGACACGCCUGUCCCCGCGCACCCCAUUCGCCGUGCCGCGAAGCUUGGUGACUUGAUCUGAUGCGACUCUUUAAUGUCACUGCAGCGAGCUCAAGCCUUUUCAGACCAAGGACCUUCAUAUCGCCAAACUCUUCGCCAAGCACUUCAAGCUCACAGAACACGCGCAGUACCUGAAGGACCACAAGGUCUCAAUUGCCGUUGGUACCCCUCAUCGAGUCUCGGCUCUGCUCGACAAUGCUUCGCUAGCGAUCGACCAACUUUCGCAUCUCGUCCUCGACGUCACCCACCUUGACAAGAAGCAGCGAGGACUGUUGGACACGCCCGAAGCGAGCGUUGAUCUGUUCCGCUCCUUGCUUGGCAAUAGGACCCUGCUGGAUCGACUGAAAGCGGGCCGGAUGAAGAUCGUAUGCUAUUGA